AUGACCAUCAUCGUUUUGGACUUGGCCCAUUCUUUGUCCAGAUACAAAUUGACAUUUUCACUGGACAAGGUUGACACUAUGAUAGUCCAAGCUGUCUCUCUAUUGGGCGAUUUGGAUAAGGAAUUGGACAAUUACACAAUGAGAUGUAGAGAAUGGUACGGAUGGCUUUCUCCAGAAUUGGGCAAAAUCGUCGCUGGGCUCAUGCGAAGACUGUUAAAGUUAUUGGAACAAAAAAAAUAUGCAGAUGGUUCGGUUUUAUCUGAUCUUCUACCUGAAGACAUAGUAGAAGACAAAUGGGAAAAAGCGGCAGAAACUUCAAUGGGCACCGAAAUAUCUGAAUAA